AUGAGCUGCAGAGCAGAGAACAAUGCUCAGAAGACAGAGCUGGCCGUCAUGAGAGAAAGACUGGUGGCCAGUGAGACUAAAGUGGACGCUCUGGAAAGGGGGAAUGCAGCUCAACACACAGAUCUGAACACUAUGAAGACUGAGAUGGAGAAUCUGAAGAUGGAAACUGCAGCACAAGAGACAGAGCUGACAGCAGUGAAGACCAGACUGGCAGUUACUGAGACUGAAGUAGUGAAUCUGGAGAAAGAGAUCACAGAGCAACCCAAGGUGGCAUUCUCAGCAGGUCUGACUGACUCAGGAUUCAUAGAGUCUGGGAAUACUGACUUGAACUUGGUCUUUACUAAAAUCAUAACCAAUGUUGGACAGGCCUACAGCAGCACAACAUGCUUCUUCACAGCUCCAGUCAGGGGAGUCUACUACUUCAGAUUCACUGUCAGGGAUGACAUAGUCUCACGCUAUAUGCAUAUCAAAAUGUUAAAGAAUGGAGAGCAGAUCAUGGAGUUAUAUGUGUAUGAUACAGAUGGACGUCCCUCCUAUCUGUCCAGUGGUGUGACUCUGCAGCUGGAGGUAGGAGAUGUAGUUAGCAUGCGACUCCCUGCAGGCCACAGGCUCUAUGAUGAUGCUAAUAAUUACAGCACCUUCAGUGGCUUCCUGCAGUUUCCUCUCUGA